AUGAGGAAUCUGGAUCAUGAAAACGUGAUUCGGUUUAUUAAAGCCCGUAGGUGCGAUAGGUAUUAUUGGAUAUACCUGGAAUACGCUGCGGGCGGAUCCUUGAUCGAUCGAGUAGUGGCAACUCGCGGUCUCGGCAUGGCUCCCAAAGAUGCACAGUUUUAUUUUCGCCAACUUAUCGAUGCUGUGAAGUACAUACAUCGCAAAGGCGUCGCCCAUCUCGACGUCAAACCCGAGAACUUGCUGAUCAGCAGCACAAGUACGCGUUAUUUGCAUUAGUA